GGAUGAGUGAGUGGAUCACAUGUUGGUCGAUGAGCUAAUGGCCAGCCAGUGCAGUUGCGGACAGCUACAAUAACAUGCGUCAAGCGAUUCAGUUGUGACACAGACAGACAAGGAAGGCACAGACAGAAUGGACACACACCACACCACCGUCUGUCUCCUAUAUCGCUUCCUUCUUAAGGCUCUCUCUCUCUGCUCCCGUCUGCCCGCCUGCCUGUCUGCCCGUCACGUCACUCACACGGCCGCUUCACCACCACGAGUAUGUCCCUCAUCAGAUAGACAUUCUUCCCGCCCGCAAACUCAUAUCGCCCCGCGGUGGCACACUCGGCUGCCUCGGUGGUUGCGCUUGUCCCCCGUGUGUGUGCCUCAUCUGCCCUCUCGUUGAUGCGCACCACCUGCAGCCCCGCCCGGCCGACGAGCGUCGUCACCAUCUCCCGACACAUGAAGUAGAAGCCGCCCACUGAGUAUUUCUUCUGCCGAGCGAACCGAGACCAACCACCACUGCACAAAAUCACACACACACACACACAAACAUGUUCGUCUAUUGUGUGUCUGUCUGUGUUUAUGUGUGUUGUGUGUGCUGUGCCGGCGUCCGUCAGUACGGUGAGGUGAGAUCAGCGAAUGAGAGGAAGCAGAGGCCUCCGGGCUUGAGCGACCGCCGGAUGUGUGUGAGGUAGGUGAAUGUGACGUGCAGGUCCAGAUGCGGGAAGACGUCCACACUGUACAUGACGUCAAACCUGUGUUGGUUAAACGAGAGACACACAACACACACAUCAGCCACGACCACAGGCAUGGCAUGGCGGCCUGCCAGUGAGUGUCGCAGACAGACCUCUCCGUGUAGCUUGGUGGCAGAUCGGGGCUGUCGAGCAGAUGCAGGUCGACCGAUGGCAUGGCGGCAUCAUCCUCUGCUGCUGCUGCUGCUGCUGAUGUUUCAGGAAAGGGCGGGCCUGUCCGAACUCUAGCAAGGUCUCUCAACGCCUGCAGCGCACCAGACAGAAUGACAGCCAAUACACCUGUGUGGUUGCUCCAUCCAUCCAUCGCACCUGUUUGGCCUUCUUGAGCAUCUCGCUGCUGAUGUCGAAGGCCACAAGCGUGUCGAUAGCAGCCAGGCCGUUCUCCUCCCUCACCGCCCCUCUAUUCUUUGGAACCCUCCUGAGCAGCUUGGACGCCACACGCGCGCCGCCUACACCAAUCUCGCCCACAGUGAGGCCACUCGUUUUGCCACCGUGCUGCUCCCGAGAGAAGAGCGGCAGCAGCCAAUUGGACACGAUCUCAUCCAGCGACUGCUCACACACAUAGGUGCAGACAGUGUCUUCAUACUUUAAGGCGGUUUCUGUCCAUCAUGUGUGUGUUUUCUGACCUUUGUGUCCGACCACUCGCUGCCCAGGAGGGGGACAGACAGGUCAUGGUGCUCAUCAUCCGCGGCAGUCUCUUGAGAGCUACCACUGGCGGUCUGCUGCUGCAUCCGCUGCACCCAGGGCUGCUCUGCACGCCAGCUCUUGGCAUACUGAUGAUGAGGGAGAUGUGGCACACACAACACAGAAUGCACAGAAUGGAUGUGUGGUGCUUGUGAAUGCAGUCGUGAUUGCAUUGCGCUUGCCUCGUUCCACAGUUUUUUGUUUGUUUCGAAGUUGCCCGCAUCUGAGUAUACCACAGCGCUGUGGCACACAGACACACACACAGACAGACAGUAGAAUGAGCUCAUCUAUCUAUGGCCUUUUUCAUGCCCGCUGAUCUGUCACUGACUGACCUGUUGAGUGUCUGCACGAGCUGCACGAGAAGAGGGUUGCCGCCGCUGGUGGACUCGGCGCCCUUCAGCCUGUCCUCAAACGACUCCACACUGUCCUCCUCCAUCGUACCCAAGCUGGUCCUUCUCGCCCC